CACCACCUUUAACCGUAAGAAGAAAAAGAAAACAACAAGGAGAAGAAAGCGAGCCCUACCCUGCGUCCCAAUGUGCAUACUAUCCACCCUAGCUACCCUAAAUAGUAUUGGAAAUUAUUACUAUCAUAUAGAAUUUAGGCGUGAGUUUUUAUUUUUUUUUUUCCCAGUCUAUGGACAUCCAGCUAAACAUGAUUGAUCCAUGAGCUAUAACAACGGGAAACGCACUUCUUUUUUAUGGCGAUAUGGGAUGGCGAUUCUGUUAUUUUUCUUUUUGGUUUUAUCCCUUCAUGGUUUGUUCUGAUAUUGAUAUUGUUGAAGUAUCAGUUUUGGAGGGAGAUCCAGUUACUCUAAACACUUAUGUUGAAACAAACCAACAAGAAGAUAUUAAAUGGUAUUUUAAUAACAUUCGAAUAGCUGAAAUCAGUGGAGAUCUCAGUGAUAUUUGUACAGAUGUUCACUGUAAUGAAGGUACUGAGAGAUUCAGAGACAGACUAAAACUGGAUCAUCAGACUGGAUCUCUGACCAUCACAAACACCAAAAAAGCAGAUUCUGGACUUUAUGAACUAAAGAUCAUCAGCAGCAGCAGCAUCAGUGAAAAGACCUUCAAUGUUACUGUUUACGGUGUUUCUGCUCCUGAACAAGAUGAAAAGUCAGUAAAGGAGGGAGAGUCUCUCACUUUAGAUCCUGGUCUAGUAAGAAAAGCAAAUGAGGGGGUGACGUGGUAUUAUAACGGCAUUCUCAUUGCUGAAAUCACUGGAUAUCAGAGCAAGGUCUGUACAGAUGAUGAGUGCAAAGAGAGAUUCGGAGACAGACUAAAGCUGGAUCAUCAAACUGGAUCUCUGAUCAUCACAAACACCAGAACCACAGACAGUGGAGUUUAUACACUAAAGAUAAACAGAAGCUUUCAUCGCAGAAACAGUGCUAUCAGUGAGAAGACCUUUGGUGUUACUAUUACUGUUUCAGAUUCAGGUCUGUCUUCAGCUGCUGCAGCAGGAAUCGCUGUUGCUGUUAUUCUGCUUUUGGCUGCAGCUGCUGCUGCAGGUGUGAUUUACUUUCGCAAGCGUCAAGCGAGCAGUGAAGACAUCAGAAUGCAGCAGCGUGGUCAGGUGAAUCAGAAUGAUGAUGAGUCUCCACUGUAGAAGACUGCAACAUACUGUUGAACACUACCGAUGGUACGUCCUCUAAUCAGACUGAGUCUGCCAGUGAAACCCCAAUGUAACUUCAUUUAUUACACUGAUACUUUAAUUGAAAAGGACAGUGAAGAGGCCGUGGAAAAUGAGAGAAAGGAAUUUUUAAUAUACACACACAACUCUUAAAAGAUCAAUAUAAAACCAUUUGCUCAGGCAACCUGAGCCUGAGCCAGGUGGUUGCUGGAGGUUACUUCAUCUAUCAGCCUACAACAUGAUUCCUGUUUGUUACUGACACACACAGUGCAUGUUUUUACCUAGGUAAGUUUGAGCUAUUGGCUUAGACACACAUAGUUAUUUAGGUCAUUAGGUAAAUAAACCUAAGGGUACAGCACCCAGGUUCACAUUGCUAAGCCACUAGUUAAUUUAUCUGGGCUUCACUACCUCAACACGUUAUCACAUUAACUCGGAUCACUAGUUUAAGCUAUCUGGUCAGUUGUAUAGCAGCAGUAUUCAGUUCAAUUCAAUUAAAAUGUAUUUGUAUAGCGCUUUUCACGAUGCAUAUGGCUGCAAAGCAGCUUUACACCAAAUUGACAUUUUUACAAUAUAUGUAGUAGUAGCUUGAUGUACAUAUGGCAGAGAUGUGUGGUAAAGAUCAAUUAAUUAUGUAAUCAAACAGAUAAAAAACACUAUAAAUUAGUAGCAGAAUUCGGUAGUGCUGUAUGUUUUCAGGGUUGGCAUCAUCUGAAGUCCUCUGUGGGGUUGGCAUCAUCUCUUCUUAAGUGUUCUGGAUCCACACUGGAGCUUGUGAAUUCCUAGUUACCAUGGAAUGUCAAUCCCAUGGCAAAAACGGAGAACAAAUAGGAACAUAAUUAGCAUAGCUGCUGUUCAAACUAAGAAAAGGAAGAUUUGUUAAACCAGAGCUAAAAUAUUAAUAAUGAAUAUUUGAUCAGAUAUAACUGCAGGAAAAGUUUAUGAGAUGCAUUAUUUGAAUGCUUGGCUAAAAAGAUGUGUCUUUAAUCUAGAUUUAAACAGAGAGAGUGUGUCCGAACCCCGAACGUUAUCAGGAAGGCUGUUCCAGAGUUUGGGUGCCAAAUGCGAAAAAGCUCUACCUCCUUUAGUGGUCUUUGCUAUCCUAGGUACUACUAACUGUCCAGAGUUUUGUGACCUUAGGGAGCGUGAUGAAUUGUAGCAUGGUAUAAGACUAGUUAAGUACGCAGGAGCUAAACCGUUAAGUGCCUUAUAGGUAAGAAGUACUAUUUUGUAGCUGAUGCGGAACCUAAUAGGUAGCCAGUGCAGAGACUUUAAAAUUGGGAUAAUAUGAUCAUAUUUCCUUGACCUGGUAAAGACUCUAGCAGCUGCAUUUUGGACUAUCUGUUGCUUGUUUAUUGAAGAUGCAGAACAACCACCUAGUAGUGCAUUACAGUAGUCCAGUCUAGAGGUCAUGAAUGCAUGAACUAGCUUUUCUGCUUCAGAAACAGGUAACAUGUUUCGCAGCUUGGCAGUGUUUCUAAGAUGGAAGAAUGCUGUUUUUGUAACAUGAGAAAUAUGAUUUUUAAAAGUUGCUGUCUAAUAUAACACCCAGGCUUUUGACUGUAGUGGAAGUAACAGUACAACCGUCUAGUUGUAAAUUGUAAAUCAAAAUAUUCUGUGCAUUGUUUUUAGGUCCAAUAAGUAAUAUCUCUGUCUUAUCUGAAUUUAAUAGCGGAAAAUUGUUGGUCAUCCAAUCUCUUACAUUUUUAACACACUCUGUUAACUUUGAUAAUUCAGAAGUUUCAUCUGGUCUUGUUGAGAUAUAUAGUUGAGUAUCAUUAGCAUAACAAUGGAAACUAAUCCUGUGUUUUCUAAUAAUAUUACCAAGGGGCAGCAUGUAUAUUGAAAAUAGUAGAGGACCUAGAACAGAUCCUUGUGGCACUCCAUACUUUACUGGAGAUAACUGAGAUGACUCCCCAUUUAAAUAAACACAGUGGUAGCGAUCAGACAGGUAGGAUCUAAACCAUUUUAAAGCCUGCCCUUGGAUACCUGCAUAAUUUUGUAGUCGAUCUAUUAGUAUGUCAUGAUCUAUAGUGUCGAACGCUACGCUAAGAUCAAGUAAAACUAGCAAUGAGAUGCAGCCUUGGUCUGAUGCAAGAAGCAAGUCAUUAGUGAUUUUAACAAGUGCAGUUUCUGUGCUGUGAUGAGGCCUGAAACCUGACUGAAAUUCUUCAUAGAUGAUAUUUUUUGCAAGAAUGAGCACAGUUGAGCAGAUAUAACUUUCUCUAAAAUUUUAGACAUAAAUGGAAGAUUAGAAAUGGGUCUGUAAUUUGCCAGUUCACUUGGGUCUAGUUGUGGUUUCUUAAUAAAAGGCUUAAUAACCGCCAGCUUGAAUGGUUUAGGGAUGUGACCUAAAGAUAACGAUGAGUUGUUAGCGGUAAAGUACUGCAGUUUUUCUUUGGGUGUGACGAAAGAAGUUGACAUAUUAGACGCCGUAUAAUCUACAUUGGUUAUUGUAUUUCUGAUGUUAUCUAUUUUAUCAGUGAAGAAAUUCAUAAAGUCAUUACUAUUAAAUUGUAAAGGAAUAUUUAGAUCAGGUGGCGUCUGAUUAUUUGUUAAUCUAGCCACUGUGCUAAAUAAAAACCUUGGAUUGUUUUGGUUAUUUUCUAUGAGUUUGUGGAUAUGCUCGGCCCUAGCAGCUUUUAAAGCCUGUCUGUAUCUGGAGAUACUGUUUUUCCAUGCAAUUCUAAAAACUUCCAAGUUAGUUUUUCUCCAUUUGCGCUCAAGAUUGCGAGUUUCUUUCUUGAGAAAAUGGGUAUUACUGUUGUACCAUGGCGCAAUACGUUUUUCUCUAAAUUUUUUUCAAUUUGAUGGGGGCAACAGCUUCUAACGUAUCGGAGAAGAUGGUGCCCAUAUUGCUAGUUGUUUUGUCUAGAUCCUGUGUAUUAAGGGGUACACAGAGCUGUUAAGAUAAAUCAGGCAGGUUAUUUGUAAAUCUAUCUUUGGUGGCUGGAACAAUAGUUCUGCCAAGACGAUAACGCGGAGACAUAUAGUUAAUAUCAGUGAUACGCAGCAUGCACGAUACAAGGAAAUGGUCAGAAACAUCAUCGCUUUGAGGUACGAUAUCUAUAUCAGUAAGAUCAAUUCCAUGCGAUAUAAUUAAAUCUAGCGUAUGAUUAAAAUGAUGAGUGGGCCCGGUGACAUUUUGCUUGACUCCAAAAGAGUUUAUUAGGUCAGUAAAUGGCUAAAACAAGAGAUAGGAGAGAUUUCUUUUGCAUAUCUGGCAGAGUAACAUUAAGCAAAAGUAUUUCAAAUGAAUUAAACCUGUAUCCUGUUUUCUGAGUAACACUGAGAAUAUCACUAUAUAUUGUUGCAACACCACCACCACGACCACUCUGACGGGGCUCAUGCUUAUAACAGUAGUUUGGUGGAGUAGACCCAUUUAGACCAAUAUAUUCAUUAGGUUUUAGCCAGGUUUCGGUUAAGCAGAGUACUAUUAUCUGUGAUCAUUUCAUUCACAAUAACUGCUUUGGGUGCAAGUGAUCUAAUGUUUAGGAGCCCAAGCUUUAAAAAUGGUUUCUGUUUGUGUAUUUUGCUUUUUUCUGGUUAAAUUACGAUCAGAUUUUUUCUAGAUCCUGCAUUAAAUUUAUGUCUGUAUGCUUUCAUGCUUACAGCAGCAUGCAUAUUUUAGCUGUUUCGUUAUUGGUAUAAGAACAAAUAUAUUAACAUUGUCAUAUCUAUUACCAUGCUAAACUCUUCCGAGAGCUGUCAUGUGACAAAUGCUUUAUUUUAUUUUAUUUUUUUUAAAGUUGCUGCAGAAAUCCAAUUAUCAAUAUUCACAUGGAUCUGUAAAAACAACAAAAACACUGACAGUCUAGUAGAUGGCGAUGUCACUGUUAAGAAACACUACUUUCCUAUCAAACUCAUAAUACACAUAUCACCAUUUUUAACAAAUUUGCAUUUUUGUGGUUUACACAGAGACAGUAGCGGUACUGGUGUUUAUUAUUUUUUUUUUUUUUUUUUUAUUAUUUUUUUUUUAACUUGCACUUUGAAAUAAGUUUGCUUCUUCAGGCCUCCAAAAUGGCAUUGUUGUGAAAAAAUGAAUGGCUAAAAUGCAUAAAGCUUUCCAUUUUCAUUUGAAAAGGUGUCUAAAAAGUCCCUCAUACUACAAAAUGGAUUAGAAUAGUGCAAAAGUAUUUUGUUUGUUUUAAGCUAAAUAUAUAAAUGGUAAUAAAAAAAAAAGGUUGAUUUUUAACUAUAAAAACAUUAUGUGGUGACAAAUAUAAUAUGGCUGUUUAAGUUUAUUUUAUUUUGCCAUUUUGCUUCCAUAUAAGGUGAGAUAAAUCGCAUAUGUGUUUGUUACAGAAAUACAUUAUAUAAAAAAAUGUCCCAUUGCACAAAAAUUAAAAACUGGAAUGCUGAUCCACAAGAAGUCAGUUUAAAAUAAGUACAUAUAAGAAAUAUAUUUGAGUAUUUCAUAGGAACAGUUGCUAUGGCUAUUUACAUACGAGUUAUCGCAAGUUAUCUCAGUUUUGGAGCCAAAAGUUGAGGUUAUCGUUUUACUCACCUGCUUACUGGAAUACCCCUUUGCUCUUUAAAGAAAAGGGCAUGUGCACAAAUUAUGCUUCUUUUUCUUUCUUUUUUCUUUUUCCUCCAAGGCAGCUGUGAGUCAAACAACAGCUUUUCAGGUACUGAAUUGAGUCUGUACUACUGAUAUUGUAGGUGUUUUUACUGGUAUGAUUGUUGUUACUGGAAAACCCUGAUAUUGUCAUAUUACAAAUGAACCUAUAGGCUUUAUAUUUUGCUGCAGCAAGGUGCUUUUGGUCAAACAUCUUUAUCAAGAAAAAAAAGACUGGUUGACAGACAGUGAACAGAAUGUUUUCUAUAGCUCCACAAGCUAUACACCAGUAUUAAACGGCUUAUUGAUUUAUUUUGUAGUUGUUGAAACACUUUACUGAGAACAUGUUCCAUGUCUGCAAUGAUACAGCUGUGUUAAAUUUCAACACAAAUAUGUGGAACAUUGGUCAAACAUGUUUGUGAACAAAACAUUUGUGAUAUUUAAGUGUUAAUCUGUUUAUUUUGCUGCAAAGUUUUUUCAUGUAUGCCAUUUCAUCUGAGGAGGACGUUGACGACUGGGUGGAUGUUACGUAUGGACACACUGUUUUAUUAUUGUUAUGCCGAGUUUAUUGAUUUUGUCAUAUGCUAGUAUUAUUAAUUUUUUCACCACAAUGGGUAAAAUUGUAAAAGUUGUUUACAUGUCUGAGUUAAGUAUCAGCAAAGUAAGUCUCAAAGAUUUUGGAUAUUUCUUUUUAUUACUCUAGAAAGUUUCAGCAGCCAGACAAUGGGGAAAAAAAUUAGGCUAAUAGUAAAUAGUAUGAAAUGACAGAUGUUGUAUGUGGUGCUUUGUCUCAGCGCUCUUUAAAGGGGUCAUGGUCUGCAAUUCUUAAUGAUUUUAUAAUGUUUCC